GCGCAUGAUUAAACUCGACGCGGGAUUUCUUUUUGGGCCUUAUCCUCAUUUUUUUUCCAUUUUCACCCGUACUUUUCAACUACCAAAUACCUGCAACCCCCUUUUUCCAUUUCCAUUAAUUUUAUUCCCAAUCCGGUUCCGAUGUCCUUGAACUUGGCUACAUUGCAGGAUACCGAUCACGUCGGAACACGGUCCAGCCUCAAGCCGCGAACUUACUUCCAGGAAACUCGACCAUCAUGCACGCUGCAUGUGAUAUAUCCUUCAAUUGAAGAAUGUGUAUCAGCUCAUUAUCCCCAUGUGAAGUCUGCAGGCGUGCACGUUCAAUCAAUGUUGGGGUCAGACGGCUUGUAUUGACAUCGUGAGUGACUGCACGUAGGCGAGUCUACAUAAUCAACACAGAUCGGACGUCUCUGCAUUUAUUCAUUGCUGCCUGCGUUAUCCACAUCGUGUCUAGACUCUCCGCAGACGUUUUUGAGAUACUACAAAAUAAUGUCGAAUCACACAGCUUCGACCGGUGCACCGACCGAAGAACAGACCGCCAACUCGGCUGAGAACUCCAGGAUGCGACCCACCGGCGCAGCACCGCCAGCAUCGAUAUCAACGGGCCAAUCGGCGUUCAUUCUCCCACGAGGAGUACGCAUCACUGUGCUCGUGUCAUCCAUUUGCCUGCUGAUAACCGGUUCAGUGCUGCUCAUACUUGGAGCCAUCGGCACAACCAAUGGUGCCCUACAGGGGCUCACGGGCAUAAAUGCUGCAACUACCGGUGUGACGCUUACUAUCACCGGUUCUAUUGGCUGUUUCGUUUUCUUCAUGACCAGGGCUGACAAAGUUGGGAGAUGGAAACUGAUACUAUUGGUGGUUGCCUGCCACGCCUCUGGAGCCUUUGCCAUACAGUGCACCAUUAUAGCCGGGCAGAUGACGUCGAGAACCCCACCCUGUGAGAACGUACCGGUGACCACCAGCGACGAAUUGGUAACCGGCAGUGGCACAGUGCCGCCAUUGUUUACCUGCGUUUCUGAUGCGACUCCUCAGGUUCUAUCCCUAGUCAUCCUCCUACUAUCCAUCUUGGGAUUUCUCCUUGGCAUCGUCUGCUCCGCAUCCUGUUACUACGCAGUACCUCGUCUGUUGUGCUGCCUCUGUGACGCUCCGCCUUACCAUCACCCGGCCAAAGCCAGCCAGGAGCCGGCUACACCCGCCGAGGUUCAGCCGGUACUGGCUGGCCAAGCUGAACCGGAGCAAAAUCAACCUACUGCUGCCGACAUCGUCGAUGUCUGAUCACAGGACCAGAGCAACGCACCAACUGCAUUCAUCAAAAUCCUUGUUCUUGUCGGCAAAACCAUUGUUUUUGUCGACAAAAUCGCGUCAGUCGGAAGUUUUUAAUUUAUGGCGCCAUAAAUAGCGCCACCUAGAGCCAGAUGAUGUACCCCGGACGGUUUUAAAAGUCGACAGGCGACAAGCCCAGAGGCAAUUUGUUGCAUUUUCAUUUAGGACGCUGAAACAUUUUAAAACAUUGCCCGUUGAAAAGAAUGAAAACGACACCCAACUCUGGCCCCCAUGAAGACGAUGUGAGGCUUCGUGGGCAGAAAAUACAUCUAAAUAGAGUAUGAGGGGUUUAAGUUCAAGAAAGCAAAAACAAAAGGUGAAGCCAAAACAAAGCCGAAGUUUAAAAAUACCCACUACCGGUACUAUUUAGUCUCAGCUCAAUUCGCCCUGCUCACUUGAAAAGUCAAAGUCAGGAACGGCUUCGUUACAAACUGGAAGGGGGGGGGGGAGUUGCAGAAACUCGUCUUUUUUUGGAUUUCAUGACACCGACAAAGCUUGGACAACCUCACCACUAAUAUGAGGAUUGUUGUAAUUGAUUGUUGUACCUGUAGGGAAUCACUUGGCCUGUUCCACUUUUUGGCGCGGGGGGGGGGGGGUUGAAUGUUGAUAUUCUUAGCAUUUGAGUGCCUGCAUAUUUUAGAAUCGUGUUAUUCAAUUUCAAUAACUAUGAAACAACUUCACUGCUUAUAUAAUACACUGAGUGAAUUUUUAAAUAUAUCUUUGAAUUGAAAUUGCAUGAUUGAAAUUAAUUUAUCAUUAUAUUAAAUAUAAAUCUCCUAAUUUCCUUCUUUUCCGUCACUUUUCAUUGGCAUAAACAUCACAAAAUAUCCAUCUAUCACUGAUAUAUAUUCUUAUAACAAGUGAUAUUUGUCCAAAAAAUGAGUAUCAACGUAAUCGAGGUUACAAAAUGUUUUGAACAUUGCGUGUACAUAUUUUUUGCGUGUUUUGCAUGUCAUUAUGAUUAACAACUAUACACAACCUUUUUGCAAUGUGCA